CGAAGCAAAGAAAAAUAUUGUGUCACAAAACCUUUAAACCCUUCCAUGGCUUCCUCAACAAAUAACCACUUCACUUUCCUGCUUCUCUCAUUUUUAUUUAUCCCAAAAAAAUCGUCAUCUUUGGGAAAUCAUUCGUCCAUCGAUGGAAUUUUACUGUUUUCACCUAAACAUGUCGUGAUCUACAACACAUUGACCACACGUGCAACAUUGGUCGUACAUUGCAUGAAUAAAGAGAAAGAUUUGGGGAUAAAAAAGCUCCCAAUUGGAGCUAGUUUUGAUUUCAGGUUUCAUGUCAAUUUUCGUAAAACAACAACGUAUAAUUGCACUUUCGAGUGGCCCGGAAGUAAAGAGAAAUUUGAUAUUUUUAGGGCAGACAGAGACGACAGUGCAACAAGUCCUAUUGGGGUCUGUAGAGAAUGUAUAUGGUACAUUUAUGAACCAGCCCCUUGUCGUGAAAAACGUGACGGAGGCCAUUCUAUAUGCUUUUCAUGGGAUCCAUAGAGGCUCUUCUAUAUAUUUUUAUGGGAUUUUAAGCUUUAAAAUAUUUGUUGCAUCUUAUUUUCCUUUCCGUGGUUUAUAAUAGUAAAAAAAUAAGCAUGUUAAGUGGUUGAUAUUGUUAAUGUUAUUAUAUAAUUGUUACUAUAUCUUGUACACCUACAACAUUUUUAACCUUUU